AUUUAGAAUUCUAUAAAUAUUUAACAUUUGCCGCCAACUUAAUUGGAGCAAUGAAUACUUUUACGUUGAUUGCAUUGGCGCUCAUUGCAUUAUUUGGGAGAUUUCUUCCAAAGUUGAUACAAUUUAUAAAAUUGGUAUUGUGGUCAAGAAAGUUGCCCGGACCGACAAUUGGAGAACUUAUCGAAAAUGCUAAAAAACGACAAAUUCUCUUCUGGUUUAAGGAACUACGCGAGAAACAUGGCUCCCCAUUCAGAAUUUGGCUCGGUAAGGACUUGGUGGUAUUUUUCACCGAUCCAGAUGAUGUGAAACAAUUGCUAAGUGACAAUACUUUGCUGCAUAAAUCCAACAAUUAUAAGCUAUUCUCGCCCUGGUUGGGUAAUGGCCUACUGACCAAUAGUGGCGAAUCAUGGCAUUCACGUAGAAAAUUGCUGACCCCAGCCUUUCAUUUCCGCAUUUUGAGUGAAUUUAAAGAGCCCAUGGAGGAGAAUUGUAAACUUUUGGUUGAUCACUUGCAGAAGAAGGCCAACGAAGAGGAAUUCGAUGUGUUUCCCUAUAUAACGCUCUUGACCUUGGACGUUAUCUGUGAGACAGCAAUGGGUAUUAAGAAAAAUGCCCAAAUGCAAAGCGAGUCAGAAUAUGUGAAAGCAGUGAAAAACAUUUUGCGCGUUUUAUCCCAACGCUCCUUCUCAAUUUGGCAUAGAAAUAACAUAUUCUUCAAUUACACCUCAUUGGGUCGCGAAAUGUUGGCAAAUUUGAAAAUCUUACAUGGCGAAACGAAUCGCGUCAUAAAGUUAAGAAGAAAAUUAUUGCAAGACUCAAAGAUUCACAGUCUUAAAGAUGCUGAGGCAUCCUAUGACAGCAUUGGUCAAAAAAGACGUUUUGCCUUUCUGGACAUGUUGCUCAUCUCUCAAAUGGAGGGCAUACCUCUUAGUGAUCGGGAUAUACGCGAAGAAGUCGAUACUUUUAUGUUUGAAGGGCAUGAUACCACAAGUUCAGCUAUUGGAUUUGCCAUUUAUCUUUUCUCACAACAUGCUGAGGUUCAGCAGCUAGCCUACGAGGAAGCCAUAGCCCUGGAGGGUCGUGAAAAAGAACCUAUGCCCUAUUUAGAGGCGGUUAUCAAAGAGACUUUGCGCAUAUAUCCCUCAGUGCCAUUUUACUCGAGACUUUUAACCGAAGAUAUGAAAAUGGAUAAAUUGACAGUGCCAAAAGGAGCCAGUGUUACAGUUUUGUCAUAUAUGGUACAUCGUAAUGAAAAUUGUUACCCUGAGCCAGAAGUAUUCAAGCCCGAAAGGUUUUUACAAAACAACAAGGAAGUGCAUCCGUUUAGUUUUGUGGCCUUCAGUGCGGGACCAAGGAAUUGUAUUGGUCAAAAAUUCGCCAUGCUAGAGCUGAAAUGCACUUUGUCGUGUCUUUUGCGAAAUUUUGAAUUUCUACCAGUACAAGGAUUUAAACCUCAUCCCUUUGCUGACUUUGUAAUGAAGAGUUCAAAUGGCAUUAAAAUUCGUAUUAAGCCAAGAAAAAAUUAAUUUAAAUAUUUAGUAAAAUGGUAUGCAUUUUGUAAAG